ACGAGAAACCCAGGCGGUGCAAGGCAGAGCCCUGGGAGCACAGAGGCUGCUGUGCCGUGGAUUGCUGGUGAAUGAGAGGCCUCCUCUGCUUUAAUGAAGAGCACGCCCCCCCGACUCCCGCUAAUCCUGCCCUGCCUUCAUGGUCCACACACCACAGGUGUGCACAGGUUCAUGCGUGUGUGUGAGCUUAACACGUCAGCCGCACAUACAGUUGCUCAGAAACAUCUUCACUGCUUCACACACGUGCACACAGUCAAUGACCAGGAGCAGGGAUCUUGGGGCAAACCUAGAGCAGCUUCUCAGGAGUUAAAACUCCAGCUUUGCUGUGGUUCCCGGAAGAGCCCUGACUUUGUCCUAAGACAGUGGUUCUCAAAGUGAAGUGCUGGCUCCAGCAGCAUCAGUAUCACCUGGGAACUCGCUGGAAACGCUCCGGGCUCUGGCUUCUCCUCCUAGAGCGCCCAGAGCUGUGGGGUCCUCCCUUCGGGCCAGAAACUCCAAUCGUAGUUUUUAUGUACCAACCCCUGUGCUAAAUAGACUUUGUGCACAUUAUCUCCAUUUAAAAUUCACAAAUGUACUGUGAGAUGCACACCAUUUUUCUAUAUUUUUCAGAUGGGGUAGACAGAGCUCAGAAAGGUUAAGAGACUUGCCUGGAGUCACCAAACCAGGCUCGAACUCCUUCUGUAUUCAGAAUCACUCUUCAGACGUAGCUCCUGUCCUGGGCUGAAAGUCAACACCCGCCGAGAGCUGGGCCUUCUGUACCAGCCCCAUCUCCCCCAAGUCUCUCCCUGCCUCUGCAGCCAGUCCUAAAUCUUUCAAGAGACGAGGCCAAGCAGGGGGUGGGACCAGGGGCAGGAGCCAAAGCCCCACCUCGUGAGCAGGCAGCACCUCUGCCAAGGCCCCCACCGGCCCUGCCCCAGAGAACGGCAGGGAAGCUGCAGCGAGGGCUGGCAGCUGGCAGAGUCCUGAGCACCCAGCACCCAGCCCAGCUUGCACCCCAAAGCCUGGAGAGAGGCUGCUGCGCCAUUGACCUGUGGACUCCAGAGACUCCCGCUGUGCGUUCUUCUGAUCUGGAAGAUUUCCUGAAUUACGUGACAAGAAACCUGGGUUCGAGUCCUAACUUGUCACCAACUUCCUGAGUGACCUGGGCUGGUCCCGUCCCCUCUUGGAAUCUCUGUCUUCCAUCUCUUCAGCGAAGGGGUUGAUUUAUAAGGAUGUUUUCUGCUCUGACACUGUGAUUUGAAUUCUGUUUCCACAUGACAUUCGAGAAGUCUGGCCGGAAGGAUGGAAUCUGAAAUGACAAUGGUCCUGGACUGGGCUUUGUGCUCAGCCCAGCUCAUCUUUGCCUGAGACCUGGGAGUGGCCCCAGGCUCUCCUGAUGUGCCACCACGCUUGACAUCUGCUCCUCUCCCUGCCCCCAUAUUCCCAUGCUCUGAAGGGGAGUUCUCUUCCAUAGCAAAUCCGGGAGGAGCCGAGGAGCCAGGCUCUUUGUUCCAGACCCAGAAGCAGCCAUGGGGACCUGUGACAUUGUGACUGAAGCCAAUAUCUCAUCUGGCCCUGAGAGCAACACCACGGGCACCACAGCCUUCUCCAUGCCCAGCUGGCAACUGGCACUGUGGGCCACAGCCUACCUGGCCCUGGUGCUGGUGGCCGUGACGGGUAAUGCCAUCAUCAUCUGGAUCAUCCUGGCCCAUCGGAGGAUGCGCACAGUCACCAACUACUUCAUCGUCAAUCUGGCGCUGGCUGACCUCUGCAUGGCUGCCUUCAAUGCCGCCUUCAACUUUGUCUAUGCCAGCCACAACAUCUGGUACUUUGGCCGUGCCUUCUGCUACUUCCAGAACCUCUUCCCCAUCACAGCCAUGUUUGUCAGCAUCUACUCCAUGACCGCCAUUGCUGCCGACAGGUACAUGGCCAUCGUCCACCCCUUCCAGCCUCGGCUUUCAGCCCCCGGCACCAAGGCGGUUAUUGCUGGCAUCUGGCUGGUGGCUCUCGCCCUGGCCUCCCCCCAGUGCUUCUACUCCACCAUCACCAUGGACCAGGGUGCCACCAAGUGCGUGGUGGCCUGGCCCGAAGACAGCGGGGGCAAGACGCUCCUCCUGUACCACCUCGUGGUGAUCGCCCUCAUCUACUUCCUGCCGCUCGCGGUGAUGUUCGUCGCCUACAGCGUCAUCGGCCUCACGCUCUGGAGGCGCGCAGUGCCCGGACAUCAGGCGCACGGUGCCAACCUGCGCCACCUGCAGGCCAAGAAGAAGUUUGUGAAGACCAUGGUGCUGGUGGUGGUGACGUUUGCCAUCUGCUGGCUGCCCUACCACCUCUACUUCAUCCUGGGCAGCUUCCAGGAGGACAUCUACUGCCACAAGUUCAUCCAGCAAGUCUACCUGGCACUCUUCUGGUUGGCCAUGAGCUCUACCAUGUACAAUCCCAUCAUCUACUGCUGCCUCAACCACAGGUUUCGCUCUGGAUUCCGGCUUGCCUUCCGCUGCUGCCCAUGGGUCACACCCACCAAGGAAGAUAAGCUCGAGCUGACUCCCACAACCUCCCUCUCCACGAGAGUCAACAGGUGUCACACUAAGGAGACUUUGUUCAUGGCUGGGGAUGCAGCCCCCUCCGAGGCUACCAGUGGGGAGGCGGGGCGUCCCCAGGAUGGAUCAGGGCUAUGAUUUGGGUAUGGUUUGCUUGCCCCCACCAAAACUCGUGUUGAAAUUUGAUCCCAAUGUGGCAGUGUUGGGAGGUAGGGGUUAGUGGGAGGUGUUUGGGUAUUGGGGAUGGAUCCCUUAUGAAUAGAUUAAUGCCUUCCAGCUGAAGUGAAUCAUCACUCUUGUGGGAAUGGACUAGUUCCCAAGAUAACAAGUUGUUAGAAAGAGUGUGGUGUCCUCAGUUUCCCCGUCUUGCUUCCUCUCUCACCAUGUGAUCUCUUUGCACACAACACUUCCCUUCCACUUUCCACCAUGACAAGAAGCAGCCUGAGGCCUUCACCAGAUGCAGCUGCCCAAUCUUGGAUAUUCCAGCCACCAGAAUCAUGAGCCAAAUAAACCUCUUUUCUUUAUAAAUUACCUAGUCUCAGGUAUUCCAUGAAAGCAACACAAAUGGACUGAGAUAGGUGCCUACUGAACCCUGAAGCCUUGUGCCUGGCUGCAGAAUGAGGUGUAGCACCCUUUGAGAAGUAGCCAAUCGAGAAGACCAGAUCUGAAAGUUCAGCUCAUGCCCCAUCCUUCAGUAUACCAAUACAAAGACAACAUGGGGCCAGAACUCCAGAAAGGAUGCUGACUUUAAGAGGACUCAGCCACCCAUCUCAGAGAGCACUUCAGAGGAUCCAGUAAGGGUCAGAAAAGACAGUGUAAGCUGAUAUUUAUCUAAUCUAAGAGAUGCAAGCUCAAAUGCCUUCCUGGGGCAUACAAGAAUAUGUAUAAAAGAAAAACUGCAAAUGUGAUGAUAAAAGGCAACUGACUUCCACCCUCAGUUUGAGCUAAUAGGGAAUGGUGGGGGCCAUGGCAACCUGGAGAGGACAGGCAUUCAAAGGGGACAAGAACUACUCAGCUCUGGACAAACGUUGCCACAUGAUAAUGGGAGCCCACUGUUGUUAGAUCUUCUAAAUUUUUCAAGAGAAGCUACAAAUCCACAUUUGUAUGUGAGUCUUCCAGAUUUGUUGAAUUUGACCCAAAUUUUCAUAAACUUUGCAUAAGUUAAACAAAACGUAUCUGUGGGCAAUGCAACCAUGACCCUGAUUCGCCAUCAGGCUGCGGAUACAAAGGAGGAAACUUCUUAUUUCACAAAGCCCAGUGACUGAGUCAGCCGAGGGCUUCUCUGUCUCAGUAUUUAAGAAGUCAGAUACAGCCCAUGUAGACGGUGAUUAAGAGCCAAAAAAAUCAGCUGUGCUUCCUCAGGCAAGUCACUUUGACCUCUGCCCAGUAUCAAAACUACUUCACAGGGAUGCUGUGAGGAACAAUGGGAGUAAUGCCUAUCAACUAGCAGGCCAGACCAGAUUAAGUGCCCAAUACAUGGAAGCCAGGACUUUUUUUUUUUUUUUUUUUGAGACAGGGUCUCACCUCACUCUGUGAGACCCAGGCAGGAGUGCAGUGGCACCAUCAUGAUUCAGUGCAGCCUCAACCUCCUGGGCUCAGGGGAUCCUCCUGCCUCAGUCUCCCAUGUAGCUGGGACCACAGGUACAUACCACCACACCCAGCUAGUGUUUAAGUUUUUUGUAGAUAUGGGGUCUUGCUAUGUUGCCCAGGCUGGUCUUGAACUCCUGGGCUCAACCAUUCCUCCUGCCUGUCUCCUGAAGUGGUGGGAUUACAGAUGUGAGCCACCACACCUGGCUGUUAGUCAUGACUUUUAACUAUUUCACACAAAAGCCACCUACAAAGCAGCAGCACAGCUCCCACUCCCACUUCUGCAGCAAGAAGCUAGAGGGCAGAAAGCAGCAACUGUCCCAACUCCCAGAAGGCUCCCGGUCUGGCCCAGCCCAUCCCAGGGGCACACCUCCUGCUUGCCAACUCAGCCUCCACGCCCUGGUUCCCCUGCAGAAGAGCCAUGUAACAUUGUCAAUGCACACUGGAAGGUGUAAUGUUAUCUGUGUUCUCCAAAAAAUCACUGCUCCGUAGACACCAGCACCAUGCCCCUAAUAAAGGGACUCUGAUCUCACCAAA